AUGGAACCUCAAAAACGAGCCCAAUACUCAAAACUCCUUGAUGCUGAAGAACUGGAGGAAAUAUUGAUGGAAGAUGAAUCUGAUGAAGAGUUGGAAGAACUCGAUGAGGUCAUUGUCAUCAUCAUCAUCAUCAUCAUCCUCAACCAGGAUGCUCCAGGCCCUUCUGCUCAACCGCCUGACGUCACAAUUGAAGAAAUGUCAAAAUUUUUGGCCAUAAUAAUUCAAAUGGGCCACGAUCAGCGGGACACCCUGAAAGAUUAUUGGUCAAGAGAUGAGCAGUACUACACUCCAUUCUAUAAUAACACCAUGGUACGCAACUGUUUCUUCCAUAUUUUGAGAUUCCUGCAUUUUGAGAAUAAUGAAGCUCCUCCAAAUCGAGAUGACCCAGAGUACGAUAGGCUCUGGAAGAUUAGACAAAUUUUCAACAGUCUUAACAGCAAAUUUUGUGAACUUUACCAUCCAUCGGAACAUCUUGCUGUUGAUGAAGUGAUAGUGCUCUUCAAAGGAAGAGUGGUUUUUCAGCAGUAUAUUCCAAAGAAACACAAAAGAUUUGGAAUAAAAAUUUACAAGCUUUGCGAUUCUCUGGGCUAUACAUAUGACAUGACUGUUUAUUUGGGGAAACAAAGGCAACUUGCAACCGAAGAAAUUACACCAACCCAUGGCAUUGUUCUCCAGCUAAUUCGAAGAGUAGAAGGCUCAGGACACAAACUUUAUAUGGACAGCUAUAUCAGUUCCCCUGCAUUGUAUGACGAUCUUCUAGAGCGUAAAAUAUAUACGUGUGGCACCGUUAGCAAUGACAGGCAUGGAAUGCCACAAGAAAUUCGGCCCAAAUUGAUGAAAUUGAAAAAAGGGGAUAUUGUGACAAGAGUGAAGGGGAAUCUAAGUGUUGUUCUUUGGAAAGACAAGCGUGAUGUGUAUGUUCUGACGAAUAUGCACCCUCCUCCAUUGGAUGGCAACUUCCAAGAUGAAUCUGGCUGUGCUAUCAAACCUCAUGUAAUUGAAGACUACAAUGCACACAUGGGCUUUGUGGAUAAAUCUGAGAGGAUGGUUUUAAAAAUGUUCAGUUUACCAAGAGCAACAUUGAAAGAUUACAUGAACAGUAGAUACAAGGAAGCAAAAGCUAAUGACUAUAGGAAUGGGAAGAAAACUGUACUUCUAUUCAAGUUCCAAAUGAAGUGGUGA